AAGCUACAACACAUCCAUACGCAGCAUCCUUUUCUUUGAAUUAGAUCCUUGUAUCUAUUUGACGUUUUAUGAAGGUGUGGUAUAAUUACAAUACAUUCGAUCAGAAACAUAGGCUCAAGUCUGUUAUCGAGAGUAUAAUUUCAAGUUUGUGUUUAAGGCAGGAACUUGAUUUAGAAUUAUACUGAAGACGCUCAGCAUAUUGUCACGUAGAUUCUAACUUCUUUUAAUUUCACUAUGGCUGUUGGUCGAGUUGCAGGCACCGGGAACAUCGGAUAUUCUACGAAUUUUCGGGGCGGAGGUAGAUCAUACCAUAGUGGUAUAAAUGAAGACAUUAUCUGGAUAAGUAUUGGAAUGGCAAUAACUAUAGGAAUAUUGAUUACCCUGGCAUUAAUCUAUCUAGCUUAUGAGAAGUGCCAAAAACGUCGUAACCAUUACAUACAUGCGUAAUUUACUUGAAGCAAUAUAAUGCAUAUGGACCAAUACUACCUGUAAUAACUUUUCAAUGGAAAAGGAACAAAUCAAAAUUUAGUAUCCAAUUGAUCAUGCUGUUUGAAAUUUUAAUAAAGUAGGAUCUAUCUAUCUGAGCAGAAUAAAUAUAGAACAUAAUUAUUUUGAGGAAAACAAUAUUUUUUAAUAGAACCAGCAUUUGAUGUGAUUACGGAAUGAAAAAAUGUGGAGCAAAAUCAAGAGUGUUUAAUAACUCUAAUUACAUAAUAAUAACAUAAUAACUCAAUUCAAACAAAAGAUGAGAGAAGAUGUAAAUGGUACCAUCGAGUGCAGGGUCUUUCAGAUUAAACGCACACGCAACAAAUUUUAUUAACGUUAAUACCGGCGAUUCCCUUGUUGAAUAGCUUAAUGUUGUACGCUGGGGAAUACUCUGGUAUAUUGCUAUAUUGGUAUUCUUGCGAAAAAGCUGAAACGACUGAAACUAUUGAUGGUACUUCUUCUAAAGUAUUUCCUACCCCUGUACUGAUCCGCUCCUUAGUAUUACACUGCUUUGGUUUGGAAGAGUAUACAGAUAAACGGCAUGAUUCUUAAAUUUUUAAAGAUGUAUCUAAAAGGAUAUUGCAUCCCAUUGACUUAAGUUUCUCAAUCAUUGACACGGUUAAGAAACGUUUUUCAGAUGUUAAAUGAAAUGUAAGAAAUGUACGGUAAGAAAUGUUUUCUUACCGUUUUUCGGAAAUGGUCUACAACACGAAAAAAAUUUUUUGUAGUCCAUUGUGGUAUACUGUUAUUCACUCUAUAAGGAAGAUUGUUCGACUGAUGAACGAUGUUUGAAUAUGAGUAACUUUAUAUACAUUAUAGAGGUACCUUAAAGGUAGCUGACUUUAUAUAGUUGUACAGAGGUAGCUUAAAGAUACUUGACUUUAUAUACCUAAAGUCUGCUUCAUUUAAUAUUGGAACACAAACAAUUGCGUGUAGUUCAGUCAUUUAUUAACGAAUUCAUAAUUUGUUUUUCAUACAAAUGUAGCAUUUUCUUUACUCUUUUAUAAAAAAAAAUUUAAAAAAAUAUUAAUUGCUGUUUCGAAGAAAUUCUCGUACUUUUCCCGUAAUACGGCACAUUAGGCGGCGCACACCAUUUUCGUCCACCGUUUUGGCGAUUUGAUUCCACCAGUUCUUCAUUUGAGUCAUGUUCCUAACAAGUUUUCCCUUUGCCUUAAGCCUCCGCUUCGUGAUUGCCCAGUAUUUCUCUAUCGGCCGGAACUGGGGGCAGUUUGGGGGGUUGAGGUCCUUCGGUAUUACGCUGACCCCGUUCGUUGCGUACCAUUCCAUAACCGUUUUGCUGUAAUGGCAGCUUGCAAGGUCCGGCCAAAACAUUACUGGACGGUCGUGGGCACGAAUAAACGGCAGAAUCCGUUUCUGUAUGCACUCUUUUUUGUAGACUUCUGAUGUCAUUGUCUUGUCGAACUUAAAUUUUGCAGGUACAUCCCCCCGAGCCGUCGCCAAAUAAAAUUUUUGACCUGGGAUUUGCCCAAAGUCCGCCUUCACGUAGGUCUCAUCGUCCAUCAGAAUACAUCCGUCGAACUUGGUCAGCACUUGGUCGUACAGCUUUCGAGCACGGAUUCUGGCCACAUUUUUCUGCUUCAGCGUCCGAUUUGGCUGUUUGCUGGCUCGGAAUGACCUUAUUCCUUCCCGGAGACGAAUUCGUCGCACCGUACUGUGAGCGGCCUGGAACUUAUUGGCCAAAUCGCGGACUGAAAGAUUGGGAUUCCUCUUGACGGCUCUGAUGACUUUCCCACGCAGUUUCCGGUCGACAGUUCCACUCCGACGCUUCGAAUGCGGCUUCCGAGCCGUCGUCAAUGUUUCCUUGUACUGCUUGAUAACACGCCAUACGAUAUUUCUGGGCAUUUUAAGCUGUUUAGCUAGCUUAGAUGCCGACAACAAUGGAUUUUCAAGAAAACUGUGCACAAUUUUAUCUCUCCGUUCGGCUUCCAUGGCGGUUGUUUACAAAAUGCUAUCGUUUGGUGUUAUGACAUAAAUACAUGGUGAAAGGUAAUGAAUUUCCCGACACGUGGGUGAAAAAAGUUUCCAAAUCCGUCCACUAGGAGCGCCACAAUGAGCAAAAGAAUUUGUUCCAAUAUUAAAUGAAGCAGACUUUAUACAGAGGUAGCUUAGAGAUACCUGACUUCAGGUAUAAUGUAGGCAUAACGAAAACAAGUUAAUUAUAUUUGUACCCAUAACGUCCGGUUGAAUCAACAAGGUGUAUUUGUUGUUGGGAUUUCAAUUCCACUGUUCGUGUUUUGAUUGUGUAACACGAAUAAUAUGUUAAAAGUUUGUAUUAAGAUAAAAAAGAUUUUUUGAUAUCGCUACGUUUUGUGUUAACCCACAGCCUUCAAAUGUUUUUCAACGUAACUCCUGAACAUAUAUGUUUACCAUAAUGUUGUAUUUGGAAAAGUUGUUGGAAAUUAUAAGCAAAUUCAUAAAAUUUAAUGAACAUGACGGUAUAACACGACAAACAUAUUAAAAGGGAAUAUUUACUAUAAAAAAGACAAUAAAUUAACAAUAAUUUUUAAAAUAUCUCGAGAAUGGCUACAUUUAGAAGCAGAUUUAUAAUGAGCGUUUUUGUUUUUAAUCACAUCAGAAAUCAUAAUUUGUGGCUAAAAAUUAUUGUUAACAUACAAAAAUUCGAAGCUUCGGAAAUUCAUAAAAAAUCGAUGUUCCACAAAGUUCGUCAAAAAUAGUUUUACCAUCUUGGACUUGGAUCAAUUUUCUACAUGACUUCUGUUUUAUAUGAAAAAAUAAAAAAAAAAAUUGAAAAAUAUGUAUUUUGGAUAUUGCAUAUUAACGUUUUUUUUUUGUAAAUAAAAAAAGAGUACAAUUUUUUUUUCUCAGUGUAUAUUUUUUUCAUGUUUCAAUACGCUAUAACUCUUUCUAAGACACUAUUUCGGUACGACUCAUAGUUAUUUAGAUAUAAAUUGUCAAAUAUUUCUCCUACUAAAAUCGAUACGCCCUUUUCAAAAGUUACGCUUGUGUCAAAAAAUUCCCAAUUGUUGUGGAAAACUCAUAUUUUCUCCAACCCAAACGGAAUACAAACUUUCAUUCGAAUCAAAUAUACAUGUUUUUAAAAUCUGCAUUUUUUGGACGAUUUCAUUUGGAAUUGCACGAAUGCAGUGUUACCAUCGAGGGACCGAAUUUUUUUUUUAUUAGGAGCUAUUCGAUUUUUUUGCGUGAGCGUUUAAUCUGAAAGACCCUGUAGAAUAUUUUAAAUUGUUGAAAUUUUGAAUUUGAAUUUGGAUAGAAUGUUCGCUUUGUAGUUGCUUUUUAUUUUGAAAAUGAACAUGAUAUGAUCAUUUGUUUUUUUUAACGGAAUUUGCAUAAAGAACACAGAAAGUCAUUCUUAUCGUGCAAAUUUCGAUACCUCAAUAACAGUAGUCGCAUCGAAGAAAUUCAUUUUUUUAUAGAAGUUAUUAAAGUUUUUACUGGGAUGAAAAAUUAGCGACAUGGUGGUCAUUCAAAUAUCAGUUGAUUCGUUAUUUCUGUUAUUGUUUACAUCGUUUACAUGAUUUCUUCCGUUCAACUAAAAUGGCGGAUUCCUUCUUCUUCUUCUUCUUUUUAUCUGUUGACGGAGACUUUAAAUCAUUCAAUUCAUUCGUCUCCGCAGUUGUAAAAGGUGUAUCAUUUGAUAUAUUUGAUACUGUCUAAAAAAAUACAAUCCUGAAAAAUUCUAGGAAAAAAUGACAAAACUUUUGCAUGUGCAGGUAACCCAGGAAGGCAGUUUUAUGCUGUUUGGUAGAAAUUAUGAAAAUAUCUGAUCAGAUGUUCCUAAAUUUCUAGCGGAGCGUGCGAUGACUCAAUGCUGCAUAAUUCACCCAAUCACAUGUUGGUAUUCGCCGUAAUAUCAAUAAAGCUCACGAAUUUUCAUUUGUGCGCAUGUUUUUUCACUGUACUUAAGUCCAGUUAGAAGAUUUUCCAAGCAUUUUGAAUGUAAGUAUUUUGAAAGAGAAGAAUCUCGUUCAUUUUUAUUCAUUUUUUGUAUUACAGGAUCAUGAGAA